AUGAAACUACAUCUUGCUGGAGUGAAAGGAGAUAUUGGUCCAUGUAAAUCGGUUCCACCUAAUGUCAGAUUUCGCAUGGAAAAUUCUUUGCAAGAGUUUGUGAAUGCUAAGAAAGCAACCAAAGAAGCAGAUAAAUAUAGAAAUCCUUAUGGUCCUAAUGUGUCACAAUUUGAAGGGGAUAUGGCAGAAGGUGAAGAAGAGGUUCAAGAAAUGCAAAGUCCUAUGGCAGCUAGUAGUGGAAAAAGGAAAAAAUCAACAGUGGGUAAGUAUUUUGCACCAAGAAAUACUGAAGGAGCUCAACUUUCCAUGAGGAGUGUGCUAGUUGGGAAAGAAGCUACUUGGAAAGCGGAUAUGGAGGUUGGGAGAUUCUUUUAUGAUGCAUGCAUUCCUACUAAUACUGUGAAUUCCUUCUACUUCAAGCCAAUGUUAGAUGUUAUAUCUGCAAUUGGUCCUGGAUAUAAGGGUCCAAAUUACUAUCAGUUGCAGAUUAAUCUUUUAAAGGAUGCCAAGAAGGAAGUUCAGUUACUUGUGGACUCUUAUCGUGCAAUUUGGGCAAAAGUUGGGUGUACAAUAAUGGGUGAUGGUUGGACAGAUAAUAAACAAAGAACAUUCAUCAACUUCCUUGUGUAUUGUCCUGAAGGAAUAUCGUUUGUGAAAUUUGUUGAUGCUUCGGACAUUGUCAAGGAUGCAACUAAUUUGUUUCAGUUAUUUGAUGAGGUGAUUGAAUGGGUGGGUCCACUCAAUGUAGUUCAUGUAGUGACUGAUAAUGCAGCAAAUUAUGUGGCCGCGGGGAGAUUGAUUUCUCAAAGGCAUAAACACAUUAAUUGGUCACCUUGUGUAGCUCAUUGUCUUAAUUUGAUCUUGAAGGAUAUUGGUAAGAUAGACCAUGUUGCUGAACUUGUAAGACGUGCAUCAAAGGUGACAAUUUUUGUGUAUAAUUAUGUUGCUUUGUUAAGUUGGUUGAGAAAAAGGGAAUGA